AAUCACGAACCCACUCUCCCUCUCUCUGCGACAUCUUUUCUGUGUCUUACCUUUUCUGCUUCUGCUUCCGUUGGAGAAAGGAAUGGCUAGAACAAAGCAAACAGCAAGAAAAUCCACUGGAGGGAAGGCUCCUCGCAAGCAACUUGCAACCAAGGCAGCUCGGAAGUCAGCUCCGGCAACCGGAGGUGUGAAGAAACCCCACCGAUUCAGGCCUGGAACAGUAGCUCUUCGAGAGAUCAGAAAGUAUCAGAAAAGCACAGAACUGCUAAUCCGAAAGCUUCCCUUCCAGCGUCUCGUCCGUGAGAUCGCUCAGGACUUCAAGACCGAUCUCCGAUUCCAGAGCAGUGCCGUUUCUGCUCUACAAGAGGCUGCUGAGGCUUAUCUUGUGGGUCUCUUUGAGGAUACUAAUCUUUGUGCCAUUCAUGCCAAGAGGGUCACUAUUAUGCCUAAAGAUAUCCAGCUCGCUCGUAGGAUCCGUGGUGAGAGGGCUUAGUGGUGGUUGAUUGUUACUUCUCAUUGUCUGUUUCUUCUCGGUCUUAUAUGGGUGAUGUAAAUUUGUGGAUCUUAGAUGUUGAAAUGGUGGGUUCUGGGUUUCUGGGCUACUAGGUUUUAGAUUUGGGAACUGUGGUGCAUUUGUGAGCGAAUUAUGAACAAUCAAAAUGUUAAGUCUUAGAUUUGCAGCAAAUCCUUGAGAAAUGAAUGUCAGAAGAUGGUUUCUG